AUGGAUUUCAACGCGUUCGACGUCGACGCGCACGCGCUGUGGUUCGCGCGAGAGCUUCGACGGGAGCCGAACCCGCGAAGACUGUUCGAGGAGGUUUUUAACGAUCGAGCGCUGGAGACGAUCCCGCGGAAUCGCGCUUUGGCGAUGUUGGAGUUUUACCUGAGCGCGCGAGAGGCGAGCGAGCACGCGAGCGGGACGCACCCGCGGGGGAUUCGAAGAGCGGCGGAGUCGUUAUUGAGAGAUUUGGAGCGUAGACACGGGUUAAAAUUUGCACGGGAUUGCCCGGUGUGGCCGGCGCGCGUGGGGGAUGCGACGUUGGCGGAGGAGGUGGAGGCGGACGAGCGCAUGGCGAAGGAGCACGGCGCGAGUUGGGGGAGCUGGUUCUUGAGGUUUUUCGGGUACAGGGAAUCGAGGAUACAUAGCCCGGUGGAGGGUACGCCAGAUUUUAUUCGCACAAACACGCACAACAUCACGGCGUGGUAUAAGCCGUUGCUUUUGCAGUUGAUGAUUUGGAGGUAUAGGGCGAAGAGCGAGGAGACGUUGCGCAGGAGCGGGUUCAAGGAGUACAAGGACGAGGACACGGACGUGAAGCUGUGGGUACGGAUUCCGGAGACGUGCGCGCACGACACGGUGUUAUUCUUCUUGCACGGUUUCGGCAUGGGGGUGCCGCCGUACACAUCGUUCAUCGAGAAACUGCCAAAGGACAGGAUCGUCGUUGUCCCGGAGUGGCCUAACAUCUCGUAUGGGCUCGAUCGCUCGCAUGAGUACCCGACGCCUCGUCAGUUAGCGAACGUCUUAGCGCAGACGGUGGAGCGCGUGCAGGAUGAAAAGUCGCUCUUGUAUCCGCAAGUCGAGGAGGCGGAUGCGCAGCCCUGGUAUCGCGAACGCUUCGGAGGGUGGUUCCGGAAAACGCCGUCGAAGGGCGAGCUGAACAAGUGUGAUGUCAUCGCACACUCGUACGGCACCGUCGUUCUCACCGGGUUCAGACGUCAUUAUCCAGAUAUGGUGCGACGUUGCGUGUACAUCGAUCCAGUGUGCUUUCUUCCCGCGUUCGGGAGCUAUCUGAAGUACGCGUACGACGACCACUUGCUCGCGUGGCAACACUUGACGCACUACAUCUCCAACAAGCUCGCGAAUCCAGAAGAGCCGAUGGACCUGUUCAACAUUCUUCUCAGCUCUUGGUUCAUCAAAGGCGAUGUUUCUACGCAGCAGUUGAUGAAACGAUUAUUGUUCCCGCACGAGGCGUGGGAGAGAGGUCCGAUGAGUAGCGAGGAUCUCAUCGUGCUCUCAGGGUUGGACGAAAUUGUCGCAUCGAAGGAGGUGGAAGCACGUCUUCGCGUCGCGUGGCCGACCGUACGCAUGAUUCAUGAGAAACAGUGGCAGCACGGGGGAUUCUUGUUGGAACCGGAUCCUCACGAUGUCGUACCGCUCAUUCUUAAGUUUGUUAGCAAAGUUUAG